AGGUAGACUUGAAAUCUACUGGGUUUCGCCCGCGCAGGUUCGAAUCCUGCUGUCGACGUUUUCUUUUGUUUUUAAUUUUAAGUGGCUAUUCUCAAUUCUCAUUUUUAGGAAGGGUAGGGUUUUACGAUUUCUGAAUCUCGACGUUGGUCUGUGUAAUGGAAGAACAAUCGGUGAACGGCAUGAUGUCGUCGAGGUCCAAAACGACGCAAGAGUUAGCGAUGGAAGGGCAGAAGUACUUGGAAGAAACCAUAGAGUACGCUUUCCAGAUCCUCUCUUCCAUGAACGACGAGCUCUGCAACCCCGUUUUGUGGUCCACUUCUCCCUCCGCCACCUCCCCCAACGCCCCCUCCUCCAACGGCGACGCCGCUUCCGAUAACUCCAACCACCACGCCGACAGCGCCGCCGCCGCUGCCGGCGCCCUCGAAGAGGCUCGAUUCCGGUAUAAGAACGCUGUCGCCGCGCUCCGGACCAUUCUCACUGCCAUUCCUAACUCCCAGAAGGUGAAAACAUUUGACGCUGGUUCUGCUGCUAGCCCUACUGAUGAAGAUGAAAUUGAGAAGUUGGAGGAGCGAGCCACUUCUCUAAGAAGGGAGCUUGCCAACAAGAACUUGCACCUGAAGACACUCAUAGAUCAACUGCGUGAUCUUAUCACUGAUAUAUCAACAUGGCAAAGUCCUUUUUCAACCUGAUGUUUGGGACGAGUACUUAAUUUGCUUAGUACCAAAAAAUGGAACCCUGAUUCAGAGGUAAUGAUGCUAGAUAUUUUUAAGCUUGAAGUUGCCCCAGUCGAUCUUGAUGUGUUCUCGUCCUAUGGUUUCUGCAAUGUCUAAUGAUGAGAGGGGUCUGAAAAUGGUUGUCCAAUGGGCUUGUAUUUUGUAGAUUUUCACAUAAAUUUUAUAGAAUAACAUCCUGCCAUUCUUUAACCACAAUUUGAUGGAGUCAUUCAUUUGAUUGUGAUAAAUUGUAACAGCUUGAGAAGGGUACAUGCUUUUGGUCCGAAGAUGAAACUUGAUCUUAUAUACCCUUAGCUAAAUACACUGUAUUUUAUGUUUCAGAUCCAUUUAUUUGGUUUUGAGGAAUAUUUGGGAAUGAAACAAUAGGAAGGUGGUUGGUUAGAUAGUUUAAUGUGAAAGGUAUCUUCCACUUCUUUAUUUAGGAGUUAAAGAUUGAAUGACAGAAAUCAGUUUCUUGUUCAA